CUAUUGGGUAAAAGCCCAGAGGAGCUCCACGAGUGACUAACUUGUUUAUUCCUCUCCUUUCCUCUUCUCCGUCUGAUCUUUGCUCACUGUCACUGGAUUCCGACUCUCUAUGUUCAGCUAGCAUCUCGGAUCUCUGCUCGCCGGAACCCGAUUCACUUCCCUCGAUCUCCAUGGAUUCAUCGGCAGCACUCUACAACCAGCUCAAGUCGGCGGAUCCGUUUUUCUUGCUUGCCGGUCCUAAUGUCAUUGAAUCCGAAGAGCACAUUUUCACCAUGGCCAAACACAUCAAGGCCAUCUCCACCAGAAUGGGCUUGCCUUUGGUCUUCAAGUCGAGCUUCGACAAAGCUAACAGAACAUCCUCCAAGUCGUUUCGUGGCCCUGGUUUGAUCGAGGGAUUGAAGAUACUUGAGAAGGUCAAAUUAGCUUACGACAUUCCAAUCGUCACCGACGUGCAUGAAAGCAUUCAGUGUGAGGAAGUUGGUAAAGUCGCAGAUAUCAUACAGAUUCCUGCAUUUCUAUGUCGUCAGACAGACCUUCUAGUUGCAGCUGCGAAGACAGGGAAAAUAAUAAACAUAAAGAAAGGCCAGUUCUGUGCUCCUAGUGUCAUGGAGAACUCGGCUGAGAAGGUUAGACUAGCAGGAAAUCCGAAUGUGAUGGUUUGCGAGAGAGGAACCAUGUUUGGAUAUAAUGACUUGAUUGUUGAUCCACGCAAUUUUGAGUGGAUGAGAGAUGCUAACUGCCCUGUUGUGAGCCAAUCAAGCGUGGACUUCUUUUCCCGUUUAAAAUAUAUGCUGUUGCUGAUAUCACACAUUCACUACAACAGCCUGCUGUUGGAUGGUGGAGGAGUUGCCAGUGGAGGCCUACGUGAACUUAUACCAUGCAUAGCUAGGACAGCAGUCGCUGUUGGGGUGGAUGGAAUUUUCAUGGAGGUGCAUGAUGAUCCAAGGAAUGCACCUGUUGAUGGUCCGACGCAGUGGCCCCUGCGGCACUUGGAGGAACUGCUGGAGGAGCUUGUGGCAAUAGCUCCGGUGGUCUACUUGAAGAGGGUAAGCAAAGGGAAGAAACAUAUGGAGAUUGAUCUCACCCCAUAUCGGGAGUAG